GCGGCCUCUGGGUCCCGAGCGGCGCGGCCAUGGCGCUCGUGCUCGCCGCCCUGCGCGUCCUGCUGGGCGGUUUCUUUGCGCUCACGGGGGCGGCCAAGCUCUCGCAGAUCUCGGCUCCCGUGUCGCAGCAGAUGAAAGCCCUGUUCGUGCAGUUUGCUGAGGUGUUCCCGUUGAAGUUGUUCGGCUACCAGCCAGAUCCUGUGAACUACCAAACAGCUGUGGGCUGGCUGGAGCUGCUGGCUGGGUUGCUGUUGGUCGUGGGCCCACCGGUGCUACAAGAUAUCAGUAACUUCCUCUUGACCCUCCUCAUGAUGGUGGCUAUCUUCACUUUGGUAUCUCUGAAAGAGUCACUGAGCACCUCCAUCCCAGCCAUUGUCUGCUUGGGGCUCCUGCUGCUGCUGGACGUCUGCCAGUUCUUAGCCCAAACUAAGAAGAUGGUCAGACACUCUAGGAAGAAGACUCCAAGUGCAUUCAAAGAACCCUGGAUGUAGAGAGUCCCUUCAUACCAUGCAGCUGWCACAGCAGGAACAUGCUGGAAUAGUCUGUCACCUCAUUACCAGUACGUUCCAUGUCGUCCAGUGUUGAAGGAGACAUCUUGUCUACCUAGCCCUGAUUACUCUCUGUAACCAUACUGCUCUCUUUUGAGGGGUAGAUGUUGCACACACUGACAUUCUUCAUGUCAUGUGAAAAUAGAAAAUAAGCAGAAAAGAAAUUUAAAACACGAAAAUUCUAAUAUUCCAAAAUUACCACUUUUAAUGCCUUGGUACUAUGUCUCUUGUCUUUUUCUAUGCCUUUGUAUAGAUUUAUAUAUUUUUUAAAUGAAAAUUAGAUCAUAUAUCCUAUUUUAUUACCUACUUUUUAAACCUAGUAUUCUAUAACACCAUUCUGUGUCUCUUUUACCUCAGUUAGUCUUGAUGGCUGCAUAGUAUUCCAUUGUAAGGAUUUAGUCUACCUUCCGUGAGGAACGUUCCCAAUUUUUUAUGAUUAUAAACCUCACAAUAAAUCAUCUUUGCAUAUACUUAUUUCCUUUCCCUAGAAGUGAAGGUGCUGGUUCAAAAGGCAUGCAAUUUUUGAGAUAUUAAAAUACACAUUUUAAAAUUUAUAGGUUGAAUGUUACAGAGUUUAAGUAUCUGUUUCUGCCUAUGCCCUUCUAAGCCACAUGAAAGAUUCCUUCCCAUUCUUUUUUUCUCUCUUACACUUUAGAUUUAAAGAGCUUACAAAAAUGGGCAUUGAGUCAUUUUAUAGGACCUGAAAUCACUGGCCUUUGAUGGUGACGUAUGGCCCAGUCCAGGGCUCCUUGACUCCUAUGUAGAUCUGGGGACAGCCAACUCCCUGGAAUGCUGAAUGAUACAGCAGGGCCCAAAGCCUGGGAGGAAUCCCGGGGAUCAGAAGGGAAGGUGGGCAACAUGUCAUGUCACCAGCCACUUCACCUUUUGGAAAGUACUGUACCUCCCAUGAAGGAAAAUAGGAAAAAGUCUAUUUAUACCAAUAUUCUAUAUCAGCUUAUAAAUUGCUUUGGGGGUAGGAACAAUCAGAAGUCUAUGUAUAUUACACCAUUUCAGGUUCAUGUCAGAAAAGCAAUUCCUGCUCUGUCACUGACUAGCAUGAACCUCAGGCAAGUGGAAAAUCUUGGUMGGAGAUCUUGUGUCCAAAAGCACAAUGAUGUAAUCUACCUAUAGCACAGAUAAAUAGAUAAGUGGAUAACAGUACAUAAACACGUGUGGCAGUGUCAAAACAAUAAGGAAAUUUUCUCUCACUUAAGCAGUCCAAGAUGACUUGACUUCAUUUUCAGUGUUGGUUAAUUCUGUGCUUAAUGAGGACACAAAGGACCAGCGUUCUUUCAACUUUCUGUUAUGCUGCUUUCAGUUUAUUGGCUGCUGCCUUCAGAGUUGCAGAAUAGCUGCAGCAGCUACAGACUGCACAGUUGCACAUUUCUAAAAGUGAAAAGAAAGAGAAAGGAUCUUCUAGAAGUCCCUAGAUUUUCCCUCACAUCUCACUGGCCAGAAUUAUGCCACAUUUUCCAUUCCUAAACCAAUCUCUGUCAAGAAAGAUGGAAUUCCUAUGGUGGACUUCAUACCCAUUUUUACCCAUUUGGUCAAUGAGGAAAGGGUGGGGAAUGACAGUAUUUGCCACUUGCUAGUUUGUUUAUAAAAUACGAAAAAUAACUAAUUAGGGUUGGGGUUUUGCC